UAGGAGGUGAAGCAGGAGAGGGAGCCCGAGAGAGGGAGCGAGAGGGGGCGAGAGGGAGCAAGAGAGCGAGAGCGGGGUUGUGAAAAGGAGAAGAGUUUUGUGUUGAUCUUGUAAGCGGCGCGGAGAGAGGCGAGGAAGAGAACCGAGGGAGCGGGAUAUGGACUGGCAAGAGGCAACGCGCCUGGUUUUUUCCCGUGUACAGGCUCUUGACCCGGAGAAUGUAUCUAAGAUAAUAGGGUGGUUAUUGAUGCAAAGUAGGGCGGAGCAGGAGAUGCUUAGAUUGGCAUUGGCCUCAGAGAUUGUGCUGCAAACGUUGGUAGUGAAGGCGAGGAAAGAGUUAGGGAUAGCACGUUGUGGGGAGGAGCCGCAGCAACAACAACAGCAGCAGCAGCAGCAGCAGCAGCAGCAGCAGCAGCAGCAGCAGCAGCAGCAGCAGCAACAUCAAGUAGAAGAAGAAGAGCAGGAGCACCAGCCUGUGCGUGGCGGAGCUGCGUCGCAGCAGCAUGUAGCCACUGUGCAAUUGCGGGCGCAAGGCUUAUCCAUUGGUAAUCCAUCCUUACCCAUUUCCAAUCAAAGACGAAGUCACCAAAGUGAUCUGACGUCAGAGGAGCAGCAGCAGCAGCAGGAGGCCCGGCAGAGCAUUCAGUCGGCGGCGGAUCUUCGAGGUCGGUUGGGUAGUGAAUCUGGCGGAGGGCCGGACUUAUCAACAGCAGUAUCAGGAGCAACAGCAGGAGCAGGAGGUGGAGGAGGAGGAGGAAGGCAUCUGGAGAAUACUACGAGGCUCGUACGGCUCCCAACCAUUUCCAACAAGGGUUUAUCCGUCGUGCAUUCCCCGACAGCGAUGUUGACGUCAACGAAUAAUUUGUCAUCCCAUCCGCUGAAGUUGAUCCUGCCGAGUAGUCAUGGACAGACGACCAGCACUCUCCAGCAGCAGCCGCCACAACAGCAGCAGCAGCAAUUGACAUUACUGCAACAACGGCAAUUAACGGUAGCAGCAGCAGCGGCAAUGGCCCAUCAACAGCAGCAGCAGCAGCAGCAGCAGCAGCAAAUGACAAAUGUAGUGGUAUCUGCGCACGCAAUGGGACAAAAUCAUCAUCGUCAGCAUCAGCAGCAGCAGCAGCAGACACAGCUGCAAGGAGACGAUCUGUUCUUCGACGCGGACGAGUUAUUCGCGUCCGCAUUGAAUCAUCCGAGUUCUUGUAUGUCGGGAGGGGGAGGAGGAGGAGGGGGAGGGAGGAUCUCCUCCGGAGGGGCCAUGUCAUCUCCUUUACAGCAGCAGAAUCCCUUUUCCCAUCACCAACAUCAUCAGCAGCAGAGCUUGGCAAUGGAUAGCAGCCUCAGCAUGCCGAAUGCCGGCAAUGGCAACGGCCCCAACGCCACUACUCCCCAGUCUCAGGCCUUCGCCUGGAAGCCGUGCCUCUAUUUCGCCAAAGGCUAUUGCAAGCAUGGCACGAGUUGUCGUUUUCUGCAUGGCUCCGCUAGAAACGGGUCAGGUACAUCUAGCGGCGGACAUUUAUCAUCGGUCGGCGGCGUCGGCGGCGCCGAUGGUGGCCGGCAUGCGCAGAGUCCGACGUCAGCUGGAAGUUCUGGCAGCGGUUCCGGCGAUGGGAGCGAUGUCUCGUCGGGAUCGGGAACGACGAAUACGGGAACCACGGGCUCGACCACUGCUUCCAGUUCCUUACAACGACUCGAAGGCGAGCUGUACGAGCUUUUGAAAGGAAGGAGAACGCCUGUGUCCAUUGCUUCUCUGCCGCAGCUGUACUACGAACGAUUCGGCAAGUCCCUGCAGGCGGAAGGGUACCUCACGGAGAGUCAGCGGCAUGGAAAAGCGGGUUACAGUUUGACGAAGUUGCUAGCCCGGUUGAAAGAUACCGUCACACUCAUCGACCGGCCUCAUGGACAGCACGCUGUUGUCCUCUCUGAGGAUGCCCACAAGCACUUAGGAACGAUCCACACGGAGAGGGAGGAGUCGAGCCGCACAAACAAUAGCAGCGCUCGUCAGAUCUACCUGACUUUCCCAGCAGACAGCACAUUCACGGAGGACGAUGUGUCCGCAUACUUCAGGGGUUAUGGCCCAGUGCAAGAUGUGCGCAUCCCUUUUCAGCAGAAACGGAUGUUCGGAUUUGUGACAUUUCAGUAUGCAAGCACAGUGAAGCUUAUUCUGUCAGAGAGAAAUCCCCAUUUCAUCUGUAACGCUCGGGUGCUGGUCAAACCGUACCGAGAGAAGAAACAACUGGAGAGGAUGAAGUCUGGUGUUGGUGGGAGCGUUGAUCUGACGGGAAGGAACGGGCACAGUCGCAUUCAAAACGACGACAGCUUGUAUCAAAUUUCAGGUGGUAAGGUCACGAGGUACUCCAAAGAGAACGAUAUGCUGAUGCAGAAGCUCACCUUGUCAGAGCAAAUGGCAGGUUACCAAAUGGAGGCAGAAAGACUUCGAAUGACAGAGUUGCGGAUCGCUGACAUGCACGCACUACAAAUGGUAGCAGAUGACCUGGUGAACAUGCCGUCUGGGCAGUCGAGGACACCCAAUGGAAGUGCCUUCGAGUUUCUUGAUACAGGAAUGUUUGCAGAUGAUACACCCUUGUUUCAUUCUCGGAAUCCUCUCGGACGCGUGGUUAACGCCCUGGAAAAAGCGAGUGAGAGAGUCGAGAACUGCCGAGAUGCGUCUCCUCACAGCAAUGGCCUCGGGCUUUCCGUGAAUCCUUUCCUGCUGUCUCCUAUUCUCAACAGUCAGAUGUUGGAUACCGGCUCCAAUGCUGCGGCGAAGGGAUGCCCCUUCUCCACGUCUUUGACAUCUGUUCAGCAGCCACUGCCGGCAGCACAGCAGCAGCAGCAGCAGCAGCAGCAUAUGUACGAGAGUGGAUCAGAGUCGAGGAGCAGCGGAUACUGCGGAUUGGGAAGCCAAAGUCUCUUCUCAUCUGCAAGUACAACCCCAAUAUCAGGGGUGUCGGAACAUGAUCUCACGUGCCCGAUAUGCUUAGAGUACUUCACGGAGCCCGUGGAGCUUGAUUGCAGCCACACCUUUUGUGAGAUGUGCAUCUCUCAGGUAAUGCGAGCAAACAAGGAAUGCCCCAUAUGCCGCAGGCAGGUCGGUCCACAUAUUCUGAAGUACCUUGAGAUGAAAGACACACACGCUUGCCUGCAGAGUGUGCUCAGAGGUGUGCAGAGCUGCUGGUGACCUACACUCCACUGACCAACAUAGGGUCGUCAUGAUUGCAAGUGGGCCAUGUGUCUGCGGAGGUAUCAUCUGUUUCGAUCCAUGAAGGGGGAGGACGUUGGGUUUGCGGGGUCACCCCGCGGGUGGGUGUAGUCUUUGUAUGUGCGUGUGUGUGUGUGUGAGAAAGAGAGAGAGAGAGAGAGAGAGAGAGAGAGAGAGAGAGAGGGAGAAAGGCCAUGUGCAAGGACAGAAAGAGAUGAAGGCGGCUCGCUGAAGAGCUGGAAGGCAGUUGACGCACUCUGCUUCCUUAUGUUAUGAAACGGUGCAAGCAUGAUAUUGAUUGGAAUGCUGGCUCUGGCUAUGCAGUAGAAUUGCUUCUGACGAAAGAGUAUCAGUCUUGAGGAGUGGUAAUGAAUGUUUCGGUACAAUGAGACAAGAGCGAAGGGUUAUGUUUGGGACCGUUGGAUUCUUUUAGGGCACUUUUCGUGCCCCUGCUGUUGCACGAGCUGAGUGCACGGUUAAGCGGUUCGCUUAAGUUGCUCUGCUGCUUUGAUCUGUGAAAGACAUGGAGAUUUUGCCACUCAGCGAGAGAGAGAGAGAGAGAGAGAGAGAGAGAGAGAGAAAAGUCAGUGAAGAACUUGUAUUCAUGCUCUGCUAGGAGGUCUGUCUGCAUAUGGCCAGUUGGUAAUGAUUGGGAGGCUGGCUAUGAAGGAUGGCAUGCUGGGAAAAAGUGUGUUUGGAAUCUUUGGAGGAAAUGCCAUUGGAUGUCGACUGUUUGAUAAGUAGCAUUGCCUACUGUAUGGCGGUGUACUGAAUGGUUAUUGAUCGAAACCCCCUUGUAGAGUGGCGGGGUUCGUAUAGAGUACCCAGUUGAUUGAGCUCGAUCCGUGGAGAUGGAUAGAAAGAGUUUUAUAUUCCGGGCGCCGCGGGGUCUCUGCAGUGGAUCGUGUGCCAAGUUCUGGUCAUUUGUGAAUGCGUGUGGCAUAUGGCCGAAGUCGCAGAGCAAGUUAUCAUCCUCGGCAGCCAUGGCCUGUAUUUCAUCAUCAAGGGGUACUUUCCUUUUUCAAAUUGCUUUUCGUUUUUCCUUCGGUCUGCCCGGUGCGAAUCAUGGUCAAUCGGCACAAAGCUGUCGGGAAUCCACUUCCGAGGAGAGCGCUGGCGGCAGCAUUUUCCAGGGACUUCAUUAUUUCUUGUUGUUGAGAGUGGACGGAGGCCAGUGCGUUCGCCCCCCGGACAGAUCUUCAUUUGAUGAUUUGGUUGUGUGUAUUUGAGGUUUGCGGCUUUGAGCAAUUGUUUGGCAUCCAGGAAGGAAAUUGCACGGCUGGGUGCCGUUGAUGAAGCGCUCAAGAUCAGAGAUAGUGUUUUGUGUGGCUCAGGCCGUUGAGAACGCAGUGGUAGGGAAUAGGGAGGGGUCAAAAACGGAAAAAAUGAAUGGGCACAAUGCCC